UGCAAACUGCAAACUGCAAACUGCAAACUGCAAACUGCAAACUGCAAUCUGCAAUCAACGAGAUAACAACCAAACCACCUUUUCGUCCCGGUUUAAACCUUUAUUUCUUCCUUUUUUUAUAAAAAAUAUAAAGUUAAAAAGAUGGCUUUUUCAAUGCUCCUGCCGCGCCUAGCCGCCAGAAGCACCAGCAGACUUUUGACAAACCCAACCAGCUCCCGCCUGCUAGCCACCUCGCUAAUGGCCGCCGCCGCUGCCCACCACCACCCGCGGCGCUGGAACUCCUCCUCUUCAGCAACUGCCGACGACAUCAACCGCCUCAAGCACCUGCGCAACAUCGGCAUUUCCGCCCACAUCGACUCUGGCAAAACAACACUGACCGAGCGCAUUCUCUACUACACUGGCCGGAUCAAGGAGAUCCACGAGGUGCGCGGCAAGGACAACCUAGAGCGCGAAAAGGGCAUUACAAUCCAAUCUGCCGCCACCUACGCCCAAUGGGGAGACACCAACCUGAAUAUCAUUGAUACGCCCGGCCACGUUGACUUCACUAUUGAGGUUGAGCGCGCAUUGCGUGUCCUGGAUGGCGCUGUCCUGGUAUUGUGCUCGGUCAGCGGUGUGCAGAGCCAGACCAUCACUGUGGAUCGCCAGAUGCGCCGGUACAAUGUGCCGCGGAUUUCCUUCAUCAACAAGAUGGAUCGCGCUGGCGCCAACCCAAACCGGAUCAUCGAGCAGAUCCGCACCAAGCUGAAGAUCCCGGCCGCCGCGCUGCAGCUACCCAUUGGCGCCGAGGACGCCUUCGAGGGUGUCGUGGAUUUGCUCACCCAGAAGGCUGUCUACAACAAGGGCACCCGCGGUGAAGACAUUGUUUAUGGAGAAAUCCCCCCGCACCUUGUGGAUGCCGUGCAGGCCGCGCGGGAGGAGCUCAUUGCGACCCUGGCGGAGGUUGACGAUGAGGUUGGGGAGCUGUUCAUUGAGGAAAAGAUCCCCUCGGAGGACCAGCUGCGCGCUGCCAUUCGUCGCGCACGAUCGCACGAUAAGGGCAUUCAGACGCUGCUCGACGCCGUCGUGUGUUACCUGCCGACCCCCACAGAUAUCACCAACACGAUGCUGGACAUUGAUAACGGCGAGAAAGUGCUCGAUGUCAUUCCUUAUGCCAACCAGCCCUUUGUCGGGCUGGCAUUCAAGCUGGAGGAGGGGAAAUACGGCCAGCUCACGUAUAUCCGCGUCUACCAGGGCCGCCUGGAGAAGGGUCAGUUUGCCUACCAUGUGAAGACCGGUAAAAAGGUCAAGAUCUCGCGCCUCGUCCGUAUGCACUCCAACUCCAUGGAGGACGUGGACAGCGUAGGUGCGGGCGAAAUCUGCGCGCUCUUUGGUAUCGACUGCGCCUCUGGAGACACUUUCACCGACGGUACCAUCAAUCGCUCCAUGAGCACCAUGUACGUUCCUGACUCUGUCAUCUCCCUGUCGUUGACACCCAAAGACAAGAACGCUGUGAAUUUCUCAAAGGCUCUUAAUCGUUUCCAGCGCGAAGACCCGACUUUCCGCGUGCAUGUUGAUUCGGAAAGCAAGCAGACUAUUAUCUCGGGCAUGGGCGAGCUCCACCUGGAUAUCUAUGUUGAGCGGAUGCGUCGUGAAUACGGGGUGGAUUGUAUCACGGGUAAGCCGCAGGUGGCCUUCCGGGAGACAGCAACGCAUAAGUCGGAGUUCUCUUACACGCAUAAGAAGCAGAGUGGCGGCAGAGACACCGUUGAGUUUGUCAAUAAUGUGUUUGGCGGAAACAUCCCGACAAACUACAUUCCGGCAUGCGAAAAGGGAUACAUGGAUGGACUGAAUGAGGGUUUCAUGAUUGGGCAUCCGAUUGUUGGCGUCCGUAUGGUUUUGCUCGAUGGAGCGGCGCACUCCGUGGACUCGAGUGAGCUGGCUUUCCGUCUGGCUGCUUUCCACGCUUUCCGCGAGUCAUUCAAGGUCAGCAACCCGAGGAUUCUCGAGCCCCUUAUGACUGUUGAGGUCUCGGCGCCUAUUGAGUUCCAAGGUAGUGUUUUGGGCUCGCUUAAUAAGCGCAAGGGUCUGAUUAUUGAUACGGAGACGCAGGAGGAUUACUGUGUUAUUUUGGCAGAGGUGCCGUUGAACAAUAUGUUUGGUUACUCGACGGAGCUGCGGUCGGCUACUCAGGGCAAGGGCGAACACUCGCCGGUGCUCCCUAAUGUGCAGGAGGACUUGAUCAAGGAACAUCAGAAGAAAUUGGCUGAGAAAAAGUAAGGCUUUUUUUAACUAGAAAGUUUAGAAUUGAAUAAAUAUUAAAUAUUAUUUAAAAAAAGACAUUAUUAUCCGAUAGAUGGAUAAAUAAAUGAAUAGAGUAUGUUAAUGUGACAAAUAUAUUCUGCGAUGCCAGAAACUCACAUUCUCCAGAAUAUAUGUAUACAAGCAAAGCAAAAAGGUAGGUAUCAUGUUAUCAAAAUAUUGUAUAUUGUAUAUAUUCUACUUUUAAAAAUCCUUUUUAAUUAAAGUAGAAAGACAUAUGACAUAGCCUCAUUACUCUUCACUCCUUAUUUUUAUUUUAUUUCUCAAUACAGCCAAUACAAAAUAAAAAAUAAAAAAAAGGUAGAGGUGUUUUGAAAAUAAAAAAU